AUGGGUUCAAUGGCUUACGCGCCGUUUCCACCGUCAAGGAACAAACUACCGUCGCUCCCGCACUAUCAUGUCGACUCACAUUCCCGAGCGUGGACAUCGACAACUCAGGACCCUUAUUACUCAAAUGAAGAUAUCGAAAUCUUGCAUGAAAUCGUCUCCAUCGCCCAAGAAAAGCUAGAUGAUCCAAACGGCGCGCGAUCGCUUCCUGCAGCUGCUCUUUUCAAGGCUUAUGAUGAAGUGCUCCCGAAGCAUGGUAUCGAUCCAGAUGAUGAGAAUCAUCUUUCGCGGCUGAUAUUUCGUAUUGGAGGAGAAAAGGGCUCCGGCAGUCUGCCCGAGAAAUUCCAAGUCGUCUUGGCUAGCAUGGGAAUAGCACUAGAGUAUGGAGACUCUAGCCCAAUCUCACAGAGAGCAUCGCGCUCAUCGCGCUCCUCGUCGGAUGACCCGAAUCACCUUGGGAUCGAGUGUCUGAAGCCAUCAUCAGCAUCCAAGCGGCUUCAUGGAAAUCUUGGAGAGCUAUCUACGCCGUGGCCCAGCGCUACAGAACACGAACCCGAAAGCAUCGAAACAGAGUCCAAACCAGUGGCCAGAUAUUCACCCUCCACAUCCAUUCCUCUUCCGAAUUUGAGCUCGUAUCCGAGCUUUGAAAGUGUUUUGAGUGGCCCUCCUCAACCGCAAGGCACUCAACAGAGUUAUCAACGAGGGACCGGUCAUUUGUCGACGCAGCCUGUCAUUACUCGCUUUGAAGUACCUACAGAGGAUGUUCCUGGGUACCCGGAGGCCGGAAUAGAGUUGCCUGUAUUAAGAGCUGCCUUGACGCGACCAUCAGUUCUUGCCAUACUCGAUCGAUGGCGUAGUGCGAGCAAGAAGAGGGAAACUCGAGGUGCAUCUUCACUGCCGUUGUUGGAUCGCAUGGCUUCACCCACAAUCGACACUCAAAGAAUGGCAGGACCUGGCACGAGAGAGUCUUGGAAGAUCAAGUCUCCAAGAGCAACUCUAUUUCUUCCUCGUCACGCAGAAUCAUCAAUCGAGGUGGACACAAAGCAGCUCACAGUCAAGAGCUCGCUUCUGCCUGCUCCCACUGCCCAUCAUCGUCUGGCAACGUCACGAGAGCAGGACGUUAGGCACCAUGGUGAUUACACUACUAUACUUAACCGUGCUGGCCGGGCCCGAGAAAUAUACCUAGCCAGCAGAGCUUUCAAUCACUGGGCCGAAAUAACUGCGGCCAGAUUAGAGAAAGAGGCCGUAGCGCGCCGACACAUGAUUCGGUUUCGCUGCUUCCGAGGUUGGAGCAAUGCUCCGAACUCGAGGGCACCUGUCAUCAACUAUCUUAGAGCCGCCACUGCCGUGCAAAAGCUGCGCCGUGCUGUUGCCUGCCAAGAGGAGCAGUUGCGAGCAGCGGCAUCAGCCAUAUACGAAACAUAUCGCAUCCACAAAGCGAAACGCGCGAUGUGCCAAUGGCUCUGCAGUACUGCUCGACAAAGAAUCCGACACGAAACCACACAACGUGCCAAACGGGGCAUUGUUCGGUUGUGGCAUAACCUAACGACCUUGCACCAAAAUCAAGCGGAAUUGGCGGUUAAAAACCGGCAAUGUAUUCAGAAAAAUCAUCUGAUACACCAUUGGGCCAGCAAGGCUCAGCAAGCGGAAAGACAGCUUGCUGUCAGUAAACAGGUUGGAUUGGCCCGGCCGAUGUUUGCUCAUCUAGCGGCCUGGUGGGAUCACACCGAAGUUGAACAGAGGGCACAGGUAUAUCGUGCCAACCUACUCUGGAAAAGAGCACAUUUUUCCUUGGAUAACUGGAACUUGCGCGCCCGGGCCCAGGCAUUUGUUUGGCGAAGUGACUACCAGAGUGCCACCUGUGCAUUGACCAAGUGGAUUCGUGUGAUCGAGAAUGGAAGAACGCAGCAGUGCAGAGCAGCUUGCGCUAUUGAGCGGUGCCAAGUCACGGCUGCUCUUAGCCGAGUUGAGCACUUUCUCGACUAUACGAGCAAACUUGAGUAUUACGCAUAUCGAGCCCGACUAUUCAUCAUGGCAUCAAGAUUCCUACGGGUGUUUGAUCGUGCUUAUGAAGCCAAGAAGGCUUCUCGAAAAGAAGAGAUAAGGCAGCAGCUCAGGGCUCGCUACAAGGAGGUAUCAUCCGCAAGGAAGAAGAGGCAAUUCCAUUCUGCAUUGCGCUUAUGGCGUUCUUCGGCACAGAGGUACAGUUCUGUUGCUGCCGAGGCGAAGGAGCAUCUUGAAUCACAGACGCGGAACCUGAAGCUGGAUGCAGUUCAAAUAUGGCUAGCGGCAGCUAGCCAAAACAAGGAGCAGCGUGCUACUGGGCAAAAAUAUGCAGUGCAUCAUGUACUGAGCAAUUGGCGAGAGCUCUCCGAACAAUCGGCGCAGCAGGAUGCGCAAAGCUGGAACAUGUGGGUACAGCGCAAGCAGCGGCAAGCCUUGAAAUCGUGGUCAAUCUCUUCUUUGCAAGGAAGUGGUCGAGGACACACGGCGGCAAUGGUCCAGCAAAGACAUAAUGCAGAUAAAAGAAGCCGGGCAUUCCAAGUUUGGCGACAUUCAAGACAAGUUUUAGAAGCUACUGAUGCUAGACACCCUUCGGUCACACCGCACCACCAGGCCUUCAAUGGCCGACGAUCCUGGAAAACGAUAUCGGCAAGGAAGUCAACUGCUCAACCUGGGGUUGUUUCCCAGUACCUUCGAGCCUUCGACACGCCUGCGGCUCCUCUAGAUACUCCUACACGGUGGACCGGGAGGCCACUGGCAAUGUCGAGCACAUUGGCAAAUACCAUGCCCUCUUUCAGAGAAGCAGACGAGCAGUCUGCGACCUCCUCCAGGUUCAGCGAUGAGGCUGGGACCGGUUAUGAUUUGGCAUCAAGCACAAGAAAACCUCGUCAAGUUCUCCACCGUGGUCUAGUAUUCCGACCUGGCAAAUCAGCCUCUACGACGCCGCAGGUGCCAGUGCCCACGGAUCUACGACGAAGCAUUGAGGUUCGAAACACGGCCUUCAACAAGUCAGCGGUUUCUACCAUCUCAGAGCAGUCAUUUCAGCCGAAUAUCUCGUUGAUCAAGCAUCGGACAGGCGAAAAGCAGCUUCCAGGUUAUACUGAUUCCGCGAUUACCAAUGGAGUGUCGGCCAGGCUUAUGUCACGAAGCCAGAUAUCUCCGACUGAGAAUUGGCGCGGCCCUACAAUACCAAGCAGGCAGUCAAUGAGAAACCCUGUCAGGAGCGAUCUCAAGAAUGACCCCUACGACUGGUUACGCGCGGCCAAGACAUCACCUCAAUCGUCACGAUUUGCUGGAGGAAAGCCGCAGUCAAGGCUUCAAGGAUUCGCUACUGGCCUCUGGGCCAACAAACACGUCAAUGCUUAUAUCACUGGCAGUGCGCUGACGAUUUUGGACGACCCGCAAAAAAUCAUACAAGCUAUCUACGAUGAAAAUGAUGACGAACUUGAAGCCAUCGCCUUUGACGAUGCGAGUGGCAAGAUAGCUGUCUGUACUACCAACUCAAUCCGAGUGUAUCGACCGAGCGCCCGAUUUGAAGAUCCAUACAAGUGGGCAUUAGAAGCGUCUUUCGAAACACCACAAGCCGCAACUGGAGAGUCAUUUGCGUUGUCAUGGGGCCGAGAAGAGGAACUUCUCGCUGCAUCAUCUGCAUUGUCACUUUAUUCUACGAAAGAGGAGAUUCGAUGCUCAUGGCAGAAAUCACUUCCAAACAAGGCCAAAGUUGCGACUCUUUCAUACGACUCAGCCUACAUUGCCUCCGUCUCUCAUCAUGAUAAGUUGCCAAAAGUGUGGCGUCGGCUAGCGUACGGUCGAGACGAAGUUCGGUUCGAUCACUCAUACCUACCGCAUCCAGAUGUGGUCACCAUGAGCGACUUGUCCAGCUGGAUUAUCUGUAUCGUUGAUGGGCGUGAGUUCAUGCCCUGUGUGGAGCAUCUAGUUCAGGUGCGAAUGUCCGACGAUCCUUCUACAGACGAAGUAGCUAUGGAACACUUGGUGGCUGUUGCAAACAAGUCACCAGAAGUAUGUCUGGCGAUAAACUGCAAUGGCAUAAUGUCAGCUUGGGCUAUAGACAGUGCUGGCAACAAUAGCCCCCAGGGCGACCGUGUGUUUAAUAUUGCUCAAGUCAGGUCACCGGCUUUGGAAUCACUGGAAGGCUUCACGAUUUUGUCAGAGAUGUCCCAUAUCGAAGCCCAGUCAUAUUUUGACAAGAAAAGCGGCCAACUAGCGCUUCUUCUGCAUUCAUUCGAUGGCAGAAUUGGCGUGUUUUACAGCGAUGUCGCAAAUUUGUUCAGCCCUACAACAAACGAUCAGCGGAUUGCUCUCCAAACUGUUUGGUCGGGGCAUUCGGCCCCUGUUACCAAAAUUAAUCGUAACUUCAGCGGGCGUGCAGUGGUAUCAAGAACCGAAACAGGAGAGUGUAUUGUGUGGAAUCAUCCGGAGCAUCGUUCUGCACCAAAUUCUGGCCUCAAUCGAAGGAGCGUCAUAACACAUCCCGGUCACAUUCUCAGGGUUUGCGUUCUUCGCAAAGGCAGAUUCGUUGUCUUUCUUGAUACAGACAGCGUUUCUCUAUGGGACUGUCGGUCCAGUAGAGCAUACAUGCUUGCCAAGUGUUCAACUCAGUGGAGCGGAAGGGCCCUUUGUUUAAUUGCCCUGCCUCGCGCAGAACCUAGCGCAAGAACGAAAGCCCAUAUCUCUAUGAUAACAUCCGAACGUACUGGCAUUGUUUGGGAGGUCAACUUGCCAGCGUAUACCAAGAGGGCUCAUGGCAUAGCUACUGGUCGUAUCGAUGAGUUCUGUCGAUUUGAGCUGGAUGUCGCCAAUGGGCUGAAAUACGUUCUUCCUGUUGACCCUGCUGGCAAAACGCCUGUUGCAUCGGGCUUCCUGGAUGUGUUUGCCCGAGAUGUUGCCAUCUCUUAUACAAAGAGCGGUUGCGUCAAUUUUUGGACCGCGAGAGUGGAUUUGCAAAAGCAGAGAGUUGAUUGGCUUUCCACCUGCUGUACAGAAACUGGGAUGGAAGAACCGGCGCUAGCGAGUGGAAGCACUCUGAAAAAAGCUGCAUUGGUAAAUGAUUCACGGUCCCAACUCACAAUCUGGGAUAUUGGUGGCUCCCGCCUGGAAUUUGAAGAAAAUUAUGAUGCACAUAAUCUCAUACAGGACCUGGAUUGGACUUCGACGCCGGAUGGACAGUCAAUACUGGCUGUUGGAUUUCCGUACCGAGUCAUCCUACUUUCCCAAAUGCGUUUCGACUACCUAAAUCAAGGACCAGCAUGGGCACAAAUCCGCGAAAUAAGCAUACGAGAGCUUACGCCUCAUCCUAUCGGGGAUUCGACAUGGCUUGGAGACGGUCAUCUUGUUAUUGGUGCUGGGAAUCAAUUGUUUGUCCAGGAUCGGCUUGUCAAUAGCGAUGAUGCUAAUAUGCUGGACAUUCGAUUACCGCAGCGACGCGAUGGUUCCUGGGAUAUCUUUGAAGCUGUUCAAAGAUUCAAUGGCCCCCUGCCUAUAUUUCAUCCUCAAUUCCUGAGCCAAUGUGUUCUCUCUGGAAAAGGUCUCCUCGUUGGGCGAAUUCUUAAGUCUCUGCAUAAGAUUCUGAAAUAUAUUGUUCCAGGGGAACCUGUCGACGACUAUGUGGGAUUAGACGUGACAGAAAUUUAUGAGGGAACACCGAAGCAUGUGAUGGAGCCGCUUUCCAAGAAAGGUCAAGUGCAGUAUCUAAGUUCUGAAGCUGAUGAGCACGAUGAUGAAGAGGAGCCCUUUCAAGAGACUACAGCAAACUCUCUCAAUGAAUUGCUGAAGAAAGUUCGGAUUCCACAACUCUCUGGUCACGAGCAAAUUCAGCUCAUGGACAUGAUUGAGUGUACUGCAUUUGUCGAGAAGCACCGCCGAUCCAUGGAUGAGAACGGCGCGCGUUUCAUGCUGUUCUUUCGCCAACACGCACUUCGAAAAGGACGAACCAGUGAGAUUCAGCUAUCUUGGAGAGAAAUAGAUUGGGCGUACCACUCGACUACUCAAGAUAUCCUUGUUGGCUUUGUCGCACGGCAGACACAUGGGCCUAUGCUCUGGAAGCAUGCUCGGGAAAGCGGCCUCUUCAUGUGGAUUACGGACGUGUCUACUUUGCGAGCACAGUUCGAGAACGUGGCAAAAAACGAAUACACUAACAGCGAGACCAAGAGUCCUGUCGAUUGCAGUUUGUUUUAUUUGGCUCUAAAAAAGAAAACCGUUCUUCAGGCGCUCUGGCGCAUGGCUGUCGGAAACAAGGAGCAAGCAGCGACGCAGCGAUUGCUACUUAACAACUUUGAGGAGGACAGGUGGAAGACAGUGGCUCAGAAGAACGCGUAUGCACUGCUAGGAAAACGUCGUUUUCUAGAAUACGCUGCGGCUUUUUUCCUUCUUGCUGGCAGACUUGGUGAUGCUGUCGAAGUCUGCCUCCGCCAGUUGAAGGAUAUCCAGCUAGCUAUUGCAAUAACUCGUGUUUACGAAGGCGAUAGCGGCCCAAUUCUGCGCAAGUUACUGCAAGACGAAGUUUUACCAUUGGCAGCUCAGGAAGGCGAUAGAUGGUUAGCGUCGUGGGCUUUCUGGAUGCUUGGACGAAAGGAUAUGGCUGUGCGGGCGCUAAUAACCCCAGUCUACACCUUGUUGGAGACUCCGACCUCCCCGGACUUUCGCUCCCGGCUAUUCUUGACAGAUGAUCCAGCCUUGGUCGUUCUAUAUGGACAGCUACGUCACAAGAGCCUACAAACCUUACGUGGUGCUUCAAAAGUGAAUCCAAGAGUAGAAUGGGAGUUUAUUUUACACAGCGCGAAGAUAUACGAUCGUAUGGGGUGUGAUCUUCUGGGUCUGGACUUAGAGACAGUGAGAAACUGGGAAUUUCAGCAACCAUCCACGACAGGCAUUGGUGGAGAGGCUAAUCCGUUAAAGCUUCUGCGACGUAGGAGCUCUCUUGUUGUCAACGAUCUGCCUCUAAUGCAACUGCAGACAGGAUUGCCAGACCCAAACAAGGGAGGCGCGAAGAAAGAAGCUCCAGCUCCAACUACUUUCGAAGAGCCGGAUGCAGGCUCGCUCCUCGAUAGCUUUGGAUUUCUUGAGACUACUCAAUACAAAAUGCUGCUAGCGCACGCUUUCGUGACAUCGCUGGUCGCGCUGCAGCGGCAUCAACACGCUUUGGAACGGGCCUACGUAAUCGUCAAAAAGGCGAAGACAAUGGCGCCUAGUAUACCCGGGCAGAAUUUCACCAUCCGCGCAGUCACAGCCGGUCUAGCCAUCGGCACAGUCAUCUGUGCGGCCAAUGUCUACUUUGGACUUCAGACAGGAUGGGUCUCCAUCAUGUCCAUGCCGGCAAGUCUGAUGGGUUUUGGCAUUUUUCGACUGCUGAGAAGUCAUAUCGAACUCCCGUUUUCGCCCGUGGAAAAUGUUUUUGUCCAAAGCGUUGCAUGCGGUAUGGCCAUCAUGCCGCUCGGCUGCGGAUUUGUUGGUGUAAUACCUGCUAUUGACUAUCUCCUUUCUCCAGAAGAAAGAGGGUCGCUAAAUUUGAGCACAUGGCAGCUUGUGAUUUGGUCGCUGGGCCUUUGCUACUUCGGCGUCGUUUUUGCGGUGCCUCUGCGCAAGCAAGUUAUUAUUAGAGAACGCUUGCGAUUCCCGAGCGGCUUUAGUACUGCCGUUCUUAUAUCUGUGCUUCAUGGCCAGGGUACGCAGUCUAAGCAAGCACUAGAUAAGGCAUCGAAGGGCGGGUUCGCCAGUCUUGUUCCUCAAGACAACGACAAUGAUGAGCAAGCAGAAGAAGUGAGUGUGGCUGCACGGGGGGGUGAGCCUGCUAUAGCACAGAGUGGCACGGAUUGGGCAGCAAACUUGAGACUUCUGCUCCUUUGUUUCACCAUAUCAGGAUUUGCCACUCUUCUGACGUACUUCUUUCCUGUUCUUCGAAACAUACCAGUUUUCGGGACUGCAGCAGCCAAAACGUGGCUCUGGACGCUGAAUCCCAGUCUCGCAUACGUCGGGCAGGGCAUCAUCAUGGGAACAGAGACGACUAUGCAUAUGGCACUUGGCGCUUUCGUUGGAUGGGCCAUUCUGAGUCCUCUGGCAAAGUACAGGGGAUGGGCUCCCGGCCCAGUCGAUGACUGGGACAGGGGAAGCAAGGGUUGGAUUGUUUGGAUUUCCUUAGCCAUCAUGUUGGUGGACGCCGUCGUCAGCCUUGGCUACCUCGCCACCAGGUCACUGUUCCUGAGGGACUCCAAUCUCUCACUUCCUUCUUUACUUAAUGCCGUUCGACGAAAGUCUUUUGGGAAAUUGUUACCAGGUAGUAGAGCUCGCUAUGCCCUCCUGCAGAGACAAGAUGACGAUUCGACCGAGGAUGAGGAUGACGUACCUGCAUACUGCGCCGAGCAAAAGGAUGAGGACGCUCCGCAGGCCCAGCGUAUCAGCAAUAGAGCUGUCGUCAUUGUAAUCGCGGUCUUCAUGGCGCUUGUACUAAGUAUUAUGGGUGUCCGGGCUCUCGGCGAAACUGAUUUGAAUCCUGUGUCUGGUAUAAGCAAGCUGGCACAGCUCUUCUUUGCGUUCAUUAUUCCACAAUCGAACAAAUCGAGUGUACUCAUCAAUCUCGUUGCCGGAGCAGUGUCUGAAGCGGGUGCCCUACAAGCUGGAGACCUGAUGCAAGAUCUGAAGACUGGCCAUCUACUUGGUGCAUCUCCUAAAGCGCAAUUCUGGGGACAGAUGAUAGGAGCAACGGUUGGAGCAGUACUCAGCGCCUUUAUCUACCGUCUAUAUACGCGUAUAUAUGAGAUUCCCGGUGAUCUCUUCCAGGUCCCUACGGCGUAUGUCUGGAUCUUUACUGCGCGUUUAGUCACAGGUCAAGGCUUGCCUUACAUGGCCAAAGAAUGGGCAAUCGCUGCUGGUGCACUUUUCGCUUGUGUCACUGUACUGAGAACUGUUGCUGUUGGCAAAUCGUGGCGCUCGUGGAUACCGGGAGGUAUUGCUGUGGCGGUUGGGCUGCCGGUGGUAUACUGGCUUGGGUCUGGCUGCACGUCAUGA